AUGGUUGGUCUGUGGUCGCAUGAAAAGAAAAAAUAAAAUUGUCUUUGAUCUGAACUGGUGUUUGAAUAGCUGCGCUCCCAAUUCCCAAAAAUUGAAAUAAAUUAAAUAAAGCCAUCCCUGGUCAACGCCUAUCGCCAAGGAACAAUACAUGGUGUCAGAAGAAAAAAGGAAAAGAAAAACAAGGAAGACAGAUGGAGAAUAAGGUAAUAAUCGCAGGAAAUAUCAAACCGCUACUGCUAACCGCACAAGAUGGCGCAGGUACAGCUUGUUCUAACGGCGAAAAAUGGAGAAAGUGGCGUCAGAAAUUCGAAAUUUUCUCAGAGGCUAACGAUUUCGACAAAUUGACCGACAAAAAGAAAAUAGCAAUAUUUUUAAAUGCCAUAGGCGACGAUGGACUAGAAAUAUUUGACUCAUUCCACGUGGACCGCACUAAAGAAACGUUAAACUCAAUUUUACUUAAAUUUGACCAGAAAUUUAACGAAUGUAGAAACACCACCGUCGAGAGAUAUAAUUUUUUUACAAGAUUUCAAAAGGAAGAAUCUUUAGAUGAGUACGUCACAUGUCUCAACAAUUUAGCAGCAUCAUGCAAGUUUGAAGAUCUGAAAGAGUCGCUCGUAAAAGACAUGUUCGUCAUAGGGUUACGAAAUAGCAUCAUUAAAGAAAAACUUCUACAAAACGACGAGAUAACCACAGUGAGUGAAGCAGUCCAAAUUGCGAAAACUCUGGAAUUGUCAAGCAAAAGGUCAAAGUUAUUAAACGAAGGUAAUCAUCAGGCUCAAGAAGUGCAAGAGAUUUCCAACAAUAGAACCUCAAGACAUCAGUCAAGAUCGAAUUUCAGAAAUAACUCCCAAAAUAGACAAUCAAGAACACGAUCAAGAUCUAAAUACAACAAUCGAGUUGGUCGAGACCGCAGCAGUUCAACGCCAAACAACAGCAACUACAACAACGGGACCUGCAGAAGAUGUGGCCAGGUACACCGAUACAAAUGUCCAGCGCAAGGCAAGACUUGUGUCAUUUGUAAAAAGCAAAAUCAUUUUGCUCAAUGUUGUUUCAACAAAAAUAAAAAAGACAACAAGUAAAAAAUUUAGGUACUAUCACACUGUCGGGUACUUUCGAAAAUGGAAAACUGGCUGACAUAAACUUCAUAGUUCUGGAUUGUGAAUGCUCAACCAUUCUGAGUGCAGAUACGUCUGAAGAACUUGGGUUCGUCAAACGACUAUAUGAAGUGACAACUGACAGGUCAGUAAAAACGUUGUUGGACUCUUACUCAGACACUUUUGAGGGUUUAGGCUGUCUGCCUCAGAAGGCACAUUUACAUGUUGACACAAAUGUUCCACCGAAAGUUUGUCCUGUCCGUAGAAUUCCAUAUGCUUUACAUCCAAAACUUAAGACAGAGUUAGAUAGAAUGGAGGAGUUACAGGUCAUAGAGAAAGUUACAACUCCUACAGAUUGGGUAAAUGCCAUAGUUCCUAUAGAAAAAUCGAAUGGUCAAUUACGCAUAUGUCUAGACCCGAGACCUCUUAAUAAAGCCAUUAAAAGACCUCAUUUCCCAUACCCUACAUUAGAUGAUUUACGUUCUAAAGUAGCAGGUGCGUCAGUAUUUUCAAAGUUAGAUGCUAAUUCUGGCUAUUGGAUGAUACCGUUAGAUGAAGAAAGUAGUAAACUUUGUACAUUUAAUACACAGUUUGGCAGAUACAAAUUUCUUAGACUUCCAUAUGGUAUAAACUCAAGUGGAGAAAUAUUUCAUAAAAUAAUGUCAGACAUAUUCAGUGAUUUGCCUGGAGUACUUAUUUUUGUUGAUGACAUCCUAGUAUUUGGCUCAAAUCAAAAAGAACAUAAUGAGAGGUUAGAAAAUGUUUUCAGAAAAGCUCGAGAAGUAAAUUUAAAGUUUAAUAAAUCAAAAUGCAUGUUUGACAAGUCAGAAAUUACUUAUGUAGGUCAUGUUUUUAAUAGAAAUGGCAUUUCAGCAGAUAAAUCUAAAGUCGAAGCCAUAGUCAAAAUGCCACGACCAGAAAAUGUCAAAGACUUGCAACGUUUUCUGGGAAUGGUAAAUUAUCUAGGCUCGUACAUACCAAAUUUAGCAAAUGAAACUAAUCUACUCAGAAGUUUGCUUAAAAAACAAAAUAUUUGGCAGUGGACAGAUAGUCAUGAAAAAGAAUUUAUAGAAUUAAAAAGCCUUAUCACACAGUCACCAGUUUUAGUUCAUUAUGAUGUUAACAAACCUAUAAGAAUGUCAGUAGAUUCAUCAAAGAGUGCAGUCGGUGCAGUCAUAUUUCAUGGGAAAAACCCAAUUGCUUAUUCAUCAAAAUCACUUACAAGCACACAGAAAAAUUAUGCUCAAAUUGAGAAAGAACUUUAUGCAAUUGUAUAUGGUUGUAAAAAGUUUCACCAAUAUAUAUAUGGUAAAACCAUACAAGUAGAAACAGAUCAUCAGCCCUUAGUCACUCUAUUUAAAAAACCUUUGUCCGAUGUGCCAGCUCGUCUGCAAAGAAUGAUGAUUACAUUACAGGCAUAUGAUUUAAUUGUGUCAUACACAAAAGGUACUGAAAUGUAUGUUUCAGAUACAUUAUCAAGAGCUCCAAUAUCAUCAGGUAAUAUAGAGAAAUUUGAUGCUAAUGAGUUAGAAAAUAACAUCAUUUGUCAAGUAAAGUCAAUCACUUCAAACUUAGCCAUAACUGAAAAUAAAUUAGAACAAAUUAGAAAUCAUACUAAGUCAGAUUUGACUCUUGUAAAAUUACAGGAAUAUUAUUUUGAAGGUUGGCCAAAUAGUAAAACUCAAUGUGAUCCUAUAACUUUACCAUACUGGAAUAUUCGUGAUGAAAUCCAUGUAAUUGAUGAAAUACUAUUUAAAAAUCAGUCUGUGAUCAUACCAAAGUCAAUGCGUUCUGAAAUAUUGAAUAUUUUACAUGAAGGCCACAUGGGUAUAGAAAAAACAAAAAAUUUGGCCCGUGGGUUAGUUUUUUGGCCAAACAUAUAUCAUGACAUAGAAAUGAAAGUUAGACAAUGUGAAACGUGUAUGAUGUUUAGUCCAAAUAAAACAAAGGAAACUUUAUUGUCACAUGAGCAACCAAGCCUACCAUGGCAAAAGGUGGCGACAGAUCUAUUUGAUUACAAUAAUAAAAAAUACCUACUAGUCGUCGAUUUUUAUUCAAAUUACAUAGAAAUUGCUCAAUUAAAUACAGAUUCUAGAAGUCAGACUGUAAUUCAACAGUUAAAGUCAAUAUUUUCCCGGCAUGGCAUCCCAUUGCAACUAGUUAGUGAUGGUGGUCCGCCAUAUAAUAGUCAGGAAUUUCACCAAUUCCUCAAUGAGUGGGACAUUGAACAUAUUAUGUCAAGUCCUCACCUUUCAAGGUCGAACGGAUUAUCUGAAAUAUCUGUAAAAAUAAUAAAGAACAUUUUGAGAAAAUGUCAAAAUUCAGGUACAGAUUUUCACUUGGGGUUGUUACAAUAUAGGACAACACCUAGAGGAAAUUUGAAGUCACCGUCCGAAUUACUCAUGUCAAGAAAGCUUAGAACUAAGUUACCUACAAGUCUAGAAAGUCUAAAGCCCAAAGUCAUUACAUUUGCAGAUCAUUCUAAAAAUAAGUCAGAAAUAUUGGCAAAACGAGAAGCAUACUAUAAUAGGAAUGCAACUCCGGCACAGGAAUUUCAUGAUAAUGACAUAGUCUAUUUCAAGAAAAAUCCUAGUGAUGUAACAUGGACAAAAGGCACAAUUAUGUCUAAAACUAAGUUUCCUAGAUCUUAUUUUGUCAAAAAUUCAGAUGGGACAGUGUAUAGGCGGAAUUCUCAACACAUUAAGUUGUUUAAGUCAUGUCUGUUAGGAUCAGAGUCUGGAUCUAAUAAUGAUGUCGAGUCUAAGUCCAACAAGGUCAGUCAGUCAUGUAGUCGCAGGCACCCGAGUCAGCCUGGUCAAGUAUUUACAGACAGAAAUAGUCAGUCAGUCAGUCAGUACAAUAAAAAGUCAUGUCAGGUUCAAAAAGAGAAAGAAAAGGGAGAUACAGGCUAUUAUAUCCCAGAUUGUUUGUUAUUUCAGCCAUGUCAGUCAAGUCCAAAAGUUAAUGUAGAUGUCAGUUCAGAGUCGAGUUGUAAUGCUAACAAUAAUGAAAGUUUCAGGUCUAGUCAGUCUCAUGAAAACUUGUCAAGUCCAAUCACUAGUCUAAAUAAUGAGUCUUUGUGUCAGUCGUCAGUAAUUAGUGAUAUAAGUAAUGAUGUAGAUGAUGAUGUAAACUGUGAAAACUUACCUUGCAUGUCAACAACAGAGAAACAGAUUGAGGAGCCUCGAUACAGUUCUAGAGGGAGAUUGUUAAAGAAAAUAGACAAAUUAGAUUUAUAAGUGUUUAUUUAAUAAGUUUGACAUGUAAACAUAACAUAAUAAAAUAAUAUAUUUAUUCUAGAAGAAGUAAUGACGAGGUUUCCACUGAUGUAAAUUGUAAUUAACGUGUAAGUUUCACAAAUGUUUAAAAAGGUUGACUGCAAAAUGCUAUGUAUACUAAUUGUAAUGUAUUUGAAAUAGGAUAAUGGAAUUUGAUACUGUGAUAAUAUUUCAAUUUAAUGAUAAUUAAUGCUAAUGUUUGCCUAGCGUAAAUAGGUUAGCUGUCAAAUGAUAAAAUAAUGUGAUUGUCAAAAUUAGCUGUCAAUGUCAUCUGUCAUAUUAUUUUCUUUUUAAAAAGGGGCAUGUUGUAUAGUCUAUGGUUGGUCUGUGGUCGCAUGAAAAGAAAAAAUAAAAUUGUCUUUGAUCUGAA